AUGGAGGCGACGGCGAUGAGCUUGGGGAAGGCUGUGCUGGGCGGAGCACUCAGCUAUGCCAAGUCCCAGGCCGCAGAGGAGGUGGCCUUGCAGCUCGGCGUCGAGGACGACGUGGUCUUUAUCACGGACGAGCUGCAGAUGAUGCAGUCCUUCCUGAUGACAGCCGAUGAGGAGCGAAGCCAGAGCCAGGUGCUCACAACCUGGGUGACGCAGGUCCGUGACCUGGCCUACAACGUGGAGGACAGUCUCAUGGAUUUCGUCAUCCACACUGGGAAGAAACCAAUCUGGGGGUGCAUCCCCCGUAAGCUGUGUGAUCGACGUCGCAUCGCCAAGGAGGUGAAGAAGCUAAGGGCCAAGGUCGAGGAUGUAAGCAACAGAAACCUGCGCUACCGCCUCAUCAAGGAUGGCUCAAGCUCCAAGCCUGCCGGUGCGGCGGAGCAGGCUGCCUCUGAUGGUGCAGCAAUGCCUGGCAUAAAUCAAGCCAUGUUUUCUGUCGUGGAGCAGAAAAAAUCCCAGGCAGACCUCCUCCAGCUGAUCACUAGCAAGGAGGUCGACCUUAGGGUGAUGGCUGUGUUGGGAACAACCGGUGAUCCUGGGAAGACGGUUGCCAUCCAUGAGGUUUAUGGUGAUCCAAGAUUGACAUCAGUGUAUGGAAUCAGGGCAUGGGUUAGACUGAUUCACCCUUUCAAUCCAAAAGAGUUUAUUCAUAGCAUGGUAAGGCAAUUCUUUGAAAAUUUUCUUGAGAAGCCUCAAGGAGGGGAAGAAGUAACAAAUGUUGGGGCUAGUGUUCUUCUAAAGAUGGAGAAGAUGAAUGAAAGUGAUUUAGUGCAUACGUUUACAGCACAGUUGAGUAGCAAUAGCUAUCUAAUUGUAAUAAAUGACCUACGCACAAUAGAAGAGUGGCAAUGCAUCAGAAGGUACUUCCCUGACAACAAGAAACAGAGCAGAAUCGUAGUGUCGACUCAGCAUGUUGAGGUUAUUUCUUUGUCGGUGCAUGAGCCCAUCAGUGACCCAGCGACGCCUAGUAGUGAGACACAGGAAGAAUAUCAGCAACCAAACAGUACAUCAGGUGGAAAUAAUCGCACUACCUCAACUGCAACGCCUAGAAAAAAGUUUGAUCGCACUACCGCAACUGCAACGCCUAGAAAAAAGUUCCAUCGCACUAGGACAAUAGCACUAGAUGAUGAUGUGCUUGUUGAGCGGAAGACAGAGAAAUCCAAAGUGAUUGAUUUGAUUGGUAAACCUACGGACAAACAAGGAUGUAAAGUUAUAUCCAUAUGGGGAAUGGGAGGCCUUGGGAAAACAACUCUUGUCCGAAGUAUCUACCGAACCGAACAACUUGGUGGCUGGAAGCGUGCUUGGGUCCCUGCUCUGCGUCCUUUCAACCCUGAAGUGCUCAUGAGAACCUUAGUUUUGCAACUACUGACAAACGAUCCUACUGCAGCAAAAGCUAAACGGAUCAUAGUCACCACAAGAGAAUACAGUGUUGCGAGAUAUUGUUCGGGAGGAUCCAUGAACACACACCAACUCCAAGAACUGCAACAAGAUGAGGCACUUGCCCUUUUAAAAAAGAAGGCUCUAUAUGGCUAUGAUCCAAAGGUUGGAGCUGCUCCUAUUAUACAACAGACAACACCAGUCACUAUAGUUGAACUAGUAAAGAAUAGGGAACUCCAUUUGAAGGCCCUCAAGGAGAAUUUGGCACGGGCACAGAACAGAAUCGAGGUGAUGGCUGACAAACAUCGUACUGACAUUGAGUUCCAAGUGGGUGACCAAGUUCUCUUGAAGCUGCAACUGUACACAUAG